UUCAAUGCCGAGCUUUUUUCCACGUCUGUGUACAAAGGACAGUCACGCAAAGAACUUGAAGCUUGGGAGAAACUAGUCGAUCAUCCAAUGAUCUUAGCUGAUUAUCAGACGCUGCAGGCAUUUGAUGCUACGACAAAACCUACCAAAGGAAUCGACCAUCAUUAUUACGCAACAGUUGAAGUUUUCCAGCAUCUUCACUGCCUAGAUAUAACUCGGAAAUUUAUCUGGCGAGACCGCUACCAACACGUCGACACUUUCCAAGAUCCUCCCGAAGUCGUGUGGAAGCACACAAACAGUACAACAGAUUACUGUGUAGACCUACUACGACAGGUGCUUAUGUGUAAUAGUGCUACUGGCUUGUUAAUUUACACUGAUAUUGGCAGUCAACAACCUGAAUCUCGCGUCUCGACAAGCCACAUGUGUAAGAAGUUUUCACAAAUAUCAGGGUGGGUGUGGAAGCAUGAUUCGGAGCUUGGUGUAUAUGCAGAAACACCAUCAUCGCUUUGUGGCUUUUUUGGACCGUGGUAG